UCUUUUGUGGGUCCACCACCUAAGAGAAAAAGGAUCGGGUGCCUUUAGUAAAGUAAGUAGUAAGUAAUAUGGUCAUUUUACACGGCCAACUCAAGGUUCUCUGCUCCUACAGCCUGAGAGAUGAUUCUGAGUUUGAAACUUUGAAGAAUCAGCAGCAGCAGCAAUACAACAACUGGUUAACAAUGGCGGGAAAAUCUAAGAAGAAGAAAAGUUUGAAUUUUUCCAAUAUAUCUGAUACUGAUUCUUCAACAUCUUCCGAGGAGGAAGAGAAGAAGAAGAAGAAGAGGAGGAAAAGGCGAGUGGUGGUGAAAAGAGGGAAUGACAGAACAAACCCUAACCAAACGGGGAAGCCGACUAAGAGUAGUGUUUUAGAUAUUGAAGAUUUCUCUGAUGAAUUAACUGUUUUGAAGAUUAGGGCUUCUUUACUUGAUUGGUAUGAUGCAAACCAGAGGGUUUUGCCAUGGAGGAAGAAGAGGGGUAGUAGUAUUCAACCAGAUGAAGAAGAUGAAAGGCAGACUUUUAAAAGAGCUUAUGCUGUUUGGGUUUCUGAAAUCAUGUUGCAACAAACUAAGGUUGCAACUGUUAUUGAUUAUUACAAUCGGUGGAUGGAUAAAUGGCCUUCCCUUCAACAUUUAGCUCAAGCUACUCAAGAGGAGGUUAAUGAGAUGUGGGCUGGACUGGGGUACUAUAGACGGGCUCGCUUUCUCUUAGAGGGAGCAAAAAUGGUGAUUGAAGGAGGAGAAGAAUUUCCAAGAACAGUUCCCCAGCUUCUUAAGGUUCGGGGAAUAGGAGAUUACACAGCUGGGGCCAUUGCUUCCAUAGCUUUCAAUGAGUCUGUGCCAGUGGUUGAUGGAAAUGUUGUUAGAGUGAUUGCUAGGCUGAAGGCCAUUUCUGCGAAUCCAAAGGAAUCAGAAACUAUCAAGAGCUUUUGGAAACUGGCAGGGCAGUUAGUGGAUCCUUUUAGACCCGGAGAUCUGAACCAGGCUUUAAUGGAACUUGGAGCAACCAUAUGCACUCCUACAAGCCCUAGUUGCUCUUCCUGUCCUAUCUCAGAACAAUGUCAUGCGUUUUCACUCUCCAAGAAUUCUCAAUCAGUACAGGUUAUUGAUUAUCCUCUAAAGGUUAUAAAGCCAAAACCAAGACGCGAGUUUUCUGCUGUUUGUGUUGUAGAAAUAUUGGACGACCAGAAAGGAACCUGCAGUAAUAUGAGCAGUAGACUUUUACUUGUAAAAAGGCCGGAGGAAGGGCUUCUUGCAGGGCUUUGGGAAUUCCCAUCUGUGCUCUUUGAUGGAGAAGGUGACUUGGGUACGAGGAGAAAAGUGAUGGAUCAGUACUUGAAGAAGUCAUUUGAACUAGAUACUAGGAAUUGUAACGUAAUUUCAAGAGAAGAAGUUGGAGAUUGCAUACACAUUUUCAGUCACAUUCGACUCCGAAUGUAUGUAGAGUUGUUGGUUAUAAAUCUAAACGGUGAGGAGAAGAUCUUGUCUGAAAAAGAGGGUAAUGACACUGUAGCAUGGAAGUGCAUCAGCAGCAAUGCCAUUGAAGGCAUGGGAUUGACAUCCGGAGUGCGAAAGGUUUAUAAUAUGAUUCAACAAUACAAGCAGAAAACCUCACUCGUAUAUAGCAGGAAGAAGAAAAAUACCCAAACAAAGUAAAGUUUAUGUAAAUUUUGGAAGUAGAUGAUGAUUCGGAUAUCCGCUUAUUCAAGCAUGCAUUGCAGACAUGAGGAAAAUCUAGAUCAUAAGAACCUUUUGUUUCUCAUCUAUUAACUAGAGUUAUAGUUUCCUUUAGUUUCUUGCACUCUGUUUACAAUACUGUUAGUUAUGUUUGUUAACUAACAGACUAUUCACGUGUCACUUUCUCACUGGUUCUUUCUUUCCUUUCUAUCAUUUUCUUUUUUGAAGCAUAAUUCCUUUCUAUCAUGUUUGUCUGGAGAAUAUAUGAACUCUUUUGUGUAAUGAAAUGUAAAAGGCGUGUUGUGAUCAAUUCAAUCA